AUGUUUGCACUCUUGUUUUUCGCGGCCUUAGCGCAGGCCAUCCCGCAAUUUGGCGGCAACCAGCGCUUCACGAUGCUGCGGUUUGGCUGCGCGCAAACUGUAAUCGAUCGUAUUGAUCCGCUCGUCAAUCCUGGGCAAGCUCCCUCACCGCAUAUGCAUCAAAUUGCAGGCGGCAAUGCUUUCAACACCACCAUGCAGAGUACCGAUAUUUCCAAGCUCGCGACCUGUACUACAUGUGGAUAUAGUGAGGAUUUGAGCAACUACUGGACUGCGAAUAUGUAUUUCAAGGCCAGAAAUGGAACUUAUAAAAGGGUACCGCAGAUACCCAAUAGGGACCUCUUCAACGACAAAUACACGGGUAAAACUACAGGAGGUUUCGUCGUGUACUACGUCUCUGGAGGCAAAGGCGACGUCACAGCAUUCAAGCCAGGCUUCCGUAUGCUUGUCGGCGACGUAACGAGCCGCGUAUCCAAAAACCGAAAGUCUCAGUCUUGCUUCCGCUGCUACACCGCACCAAACUUUGGUGGUGACAAUGCUGCACCAUGCCAGGAUGCCAAACUCGAUACAGAAGGCUUCCCUACAACUCCAUGCCCAGGAGGCAUCCGCAGCAACAUUCUCUACCCGACAUGCUGGGACGGUGUCAAUCUCGACUCUCCAGACCACAAAUCGCACGUCGCGUAUCCGGUCAACGGCCCCGCGCUAUUCACCGGCACCAGCACAGGCGGGGCCUGCCCGUCAACGCACCCGGUCAAGAUUCCACAAGUGAUGCUCGAGAUCGUCUGGGACACGAGUAAAUUCAACAACAAAGCCGAUUGGCCCGCCGACGGCUCGCAGCCAUUUGUCCUCAGCAUGGGUGACAACACGGGAUACGGACAGCACGGCGACUACGUGUUUGGGUGGAAAGACGACUCGCUGCAAAAGGCCAUGGAUGAUGCCAAGGGCUGCAUGGGAGCAAACUGUGGGACUUUGAAGACGCAGCAGCCGGCAGAUGGGAAUAAAUGCGUUGUUCCGAAUCGUGUGCGUGAGGAUCAUGAUGGGUGGAUGACGGCGCUGCCAGGUAUGUCGAUGUAG